AGAUGCUUGCUCAGGUGCAUGGCGAGCCCCAAAACUCUGACUCUUUUCGGAAGCUGUGCUGUGGCUGUGUCAGGAAGCUGUCUGCAAGAAAGGCAAAGAAGAAAGGCGUAUUCUGGGGCAUUGAGGUGGCCGAAACACUCAGGUGGCGUGGCUGGGAACUUGGAAAAGAGGUGAUCAAACAUCUGAUCUUGAAAAAUGUUCAUGAGAAAACCCAGAAGCUGAGCUACAGAUGUCCCUCCACGCGAUUCUUCUUCACUGUUUUUCCACAGCCGAUCACUCUGAGCCCUGGUAUGUCCUUAACUCUGCCCAUCGUUUUCCGGCCCACUGAAAAGAGGGAGUACGAAGACAGCAUCUGCUUUAAGAAGGCUGAGGGUGAGUUCUCUGUCACCCUGCGUGCUACGCUUCCGCGCCCCUGUCUGUCCUUCCCAGCUGCUGUCCAGUUGCCUAUCUGUGCUGUCCACAAUGUCACAGAGACAACAUUCCCUGUGCGCAACGUUGGUGAUCUUGUUACUGUGUUUGCCUGGGAGACACCAAGCCCUUUCUACAUGAUUCCUGACUGUGGCAUGCUGAACCCAGGUGCUGAGUGCAUGGUCAAGGUGGUCUUCCAACCCACAGUGGCUAUGGUGUAUGAUGUGGCAGCAACAUGCUGGUAUGGAGGUGAAGAGAAACAAAAGAGGACUAUCCAGCUAAAAGCCCUGGCCAAAUACCCCUACCUGCGGGUGAGUGUGACAGGGGAAGAGUAUGAAGGUGUACAGCCUGGAAAGUUUCAGGAUGUGCUGUGCUUUGGAUCAGUGCCAGUGGGGACAACUGUGGAGAAGCGUGUAGAAAUCUUCAACAUGUCUGUGGUUGAUGCACCAUGUAGGAUAGAAAGAACAAAAGAUCCUCUGCUUCGAGAUCAUGUUUUCUCCUGUGAUGUGUCCCAUGGUGUUGUCCCUGCCAACGGGAAGCUGGUCUUGUGCAUACGAUUUCAGCCUCAGACAGUAGGAGAGCACAGUACUGACUAUUUCACUAUCAUAUCUGCUGGAUGCCUCCUGCAGACUGUCUUGAAGGUGGUUGGCUCAUGUAAAGGUCCUCUGGUGUCCCUGCACCAAUAUUCUGUGGACUUCGACUGGAUCAAUCUUGGGGAAAGUUUGAUGCAGACGCUGAAAAUCAGCAACAUCUCAGAUGUCCCAGCCUAUUACCAGUUUGAUAUUGAUGGCAGAGGGAGCGUCUUCUCCUUGGAUCGCCCCUGUGGAGUCUUGGAGGGCACAACAACACUAGCGCUGAAGGUGACCUUUCGACCUACUCACCCCAUCAGCUAUCACCGCAGAGUGGUGUGCCUUGUCCACCAUCAGGAACCCAUCUAUGUGGACUUUUUUGGUACCUGCCAUUCAGACAUAGCUAAGCCAGCCAUUCUUCAGGCAAGACACCUCUCCUGGUACCGAACCAACAUGGUGAGGGGACUGACUUUCUACCCCCCUGAUAUCCUGAGUGUGAUGCUGAAGGAUGGGAAGUUGCAGAUGGAUGAAAAGGGAGCCCUCAUGCUGCCCCCCAAGAUCCCUCAGGACAAGCCUCCCAAGGAGUACGUUGAAGCCAACUCCAUAUCUGAAUAUUUCUAUGAUGGUGUAACCAGCGACCUGGCCUUGUUUCCCCCUCAUGUUAGUGUCAGCCCCAGGGAGUAUGAUUUUGGUUGCUGCAUGCCGCUCCACAAGGUAGAACCGCUUCCUCUCUGUGUGACCAACCACACCAAAGGAAAGAUCACUGUUGCCUGGACUCUGAGCCAUGGCAGUGCCUUCCAAGUGAGCCCUGAAAUCUGCGACAUCCCACCUUUGAAGUCUUCAGCUUUCCGUGUCCUUUUCCAGCCCACUCAGCUGAACAGCCUCUAUGCAGCGGAGCUGGAAGGUUUUGCCUUCUACAAGGUGCUGAGACACUAUAGCAACAUUGAGGAGGAUGCCUCCAUCUGUCCGUCCUGGUGCCUGACUGUCAGGCUGAGAGCACACACAUAUGAAGCAGAACGGGAGCACUUCAUCCCACAGUACAUCCUGGAUGUCCCCAAGACUUUUCCUCCUGUGGCUCCUAACACUGAUACCUACUGCAGUAUGCUGCUCUUGAACACAGGCACCUCUUUGAUAACCUUCAGUGUGAACCAAGCUGCCUGUCCUUCUGUUCUCGUCAAGCCCUGCUCAGGACACAUCAUUCCAGGAGACCACCAGAUUUUCUUUCUCUCCACUCACCCAGUUAACACAGCCUCGCAGCAGCAUGUCCUGCCUUUGCAGCUGAACUCUUGUCCUGGAUACACCAAGGAGAUUGCUCUCCAGAGUUGUGGGGAGUCCCUUCUCCUGCUCUUAGAAGGUGAUGGAAAUCUGUAUUUCAAGCCUGCCUAUAUAGGGACCUCCUCUACACGAAUGUAUACCAUAAAAAACUGCACAAGGCUACCCAUGGUUUUCACAUGGAAGAUCCAUGAGUCUGACAGCAAGAUCCUGUCGGUCAGCCCCGCUGCAGGGAUCCUCCAGCCCUAUGAAGCCAUGGCUCAGGCGUGGACUUUUACUCCUGACAAGGAGACCAAGUAUCUGCUGCGUGCUAUGGUGUUUGUAAGGAGGAAAAGCCCAGACCCCGUGUCUCCCAAAAGUGUCCGUUAUGCCUUACGGAUUGUUGGAGAGGGGGCACUGGGGACCAUCAGGGCACAAAAGGAGCACCUGGACCUUGGAAAUGUUCUAGUUGGUGACCUGCAAAGCUGCAGCAUUGUACUGCUAAAUGAUGGGAUCUGUUCUCUGAAGUACAUCCUCAGCGUGGAACAACUGAUCACCGGGCCUUGUGACCCCGAGGAGGUCCGCAGCGAUCCGCUGGCUCUAGAGCUGGAACACUCCAGAGGGACAAUCCCUGCAAGGUCAAAAGCUUUUGUCCAAAUAACAGCCAGGCCAGCCCGUCGGCUGCAUUACACGUGGUCAAUCAAAUAUGCUAUUUGCACCCCCACAGCUACAGAUCUUGCGAGCACAAAAGAGGAGCAGCAGCCCCUCUGCUGCAUCGUAGCAACAGGCGUCUACCCAACUUUCUGCAUCGCAGAUGCCUGUUCAGCAGGGAGUGCCAGCGGUAUCAGCAAGUUGCACCUCUGGAGACUCUUUUCCUUGGACACACUGAAUGAAUACUUGAGGCAAGACCCGACUCCCAGCGAGCUCACCUACAGAGUUCCCACAAGGCACAGCACAUGCUUGAUCCCUUCAGUGUACACCACUCUCCUGCUGGAUUUCAACUUUGGGGCUGCCCCGAUAGGCUCAGAGCCUACCCUUGUGAUGCUCCUGCUGGUGAACAACGGUGUGGUGCCUGUGGAGUGGGCCUUCUUGUUUCCUUCUGAUCAGAAGAUGGACAUGGAGCACUGGGCAGAGGAUGCUGAGUUUAGCCCCCAUGAGCUGCACCAGAUGAGAAUUCAGGAUAACCAGCUCUUCAGUGUUUCCCCAAAGUCAGGGAAACUUCUUCCAGGACAGGAGGAAUCAGUCCAGCUCUCACACAGACAUGAUUUCAUCGGCACUGAUCACCUCCCUGUCCUGCUGAAGGUUUCCUAUGGCCAUGAGAUUCUGCUGAACUUCAGCGGCGUGACGGUGGAACAGGACCAGCGGUACAUUCAUUUUGCAUCUACUAAGCACCUCUUCACACCCAUUGCCAUUGGGACCUCCCACCCCCCCAAACAGAUUUAUGAACUCUACAAUGGUGGCUCCAUGCCUGUGAUGUUUGAGGUUCAGCUGGACAACAUUGUGAGGAUCCAGGAGGAUAAUUUUCAGCAUCCCGUGUUUGUCUGCCUAACUCCUAGAGGAGAAAUCCCUCCUGGCACAACAGGCCACAUUGAGUGGAUCUUCUCACCGCUGGAAGCUAGAAUGUACUUGGUUGAUGUUCCCAUCCACAUCCUGGGGGGUGAAUCAGCUCUGAUCACCUUCCAGGGAAUAGGCUACGAUCCGAAUACUGUAGGAGAGACUGACACAUCCAGCGAAGUUUUGUCUCCUUCAGUCUUUCCACAUUUUACCAAGCUAACUGUGCCUGGGCAGGCAGCCACCUUGUCACACCACGGGAUUUGCCUUGGAAAUAUCCCAGACUGCACCAAAGCCAGUCGACUUGUCUUUCUCAACAAUAUCUCGGAGAGCAAGGCUGUUGUGUUUGCCUGGCACAUAAGCACCUGUAAAGACAAGAGGGUGUUGCAGAUUGCUCCAGAGUCAGGGGUUGUGCAGCCUGGAGAGAGCAUCCCCUGCUUCAUCACACUGCAACCUUCAGGGAGUGCUUCCUUCUGCAGCACAGAUCUGGUGUGUGAGGUAUACAUCCAGGAGUCCCUGGUUCGGUACGAGAGGGACCUGCAGGAGUGGGAAAAGGAGAAGGAACGGCAGGCUGUGGAAUUCACCAUCACAGAGAAGGACCUUGGGACUAAGAAGAAGCCAAAGUCACCUGCAGGGAGGUCAUCAGAUUCUGCUGAGACAGAAAAUCUUCCUGAAUCCUCAGCUGUGAUCAGGAAAUACAAAACAUUACCCCCUAUUAAAAACCACCCUAUGCCCAAUCUGCCAGCUGGACACUUUCAGAGGAGGCUGCUGUUGGACAAAGAAGCCAGUCGGGUGUGGGUCAAACCAGAGCCUCCCAAGCCCAUCCUCUUACACCUUGGGGUGACAGCCAGGUCCUACUCUAUUGAGGACUUCUUCAGCAACUUCACCUCAGAGUUCCCCAAAUACUUCUUGUCACGCCCCUUCAGCGACCGGCCCUUGGAGAGCAAGUUUGUGGAUGGGAGUAGGGACAGAGACAGGAUGGCCAUGGACCCCAAAUGGCUGUCCCUGGCUGCUGCUUCCAAACAGGAGUUGCAGAUAGUGACUGACAUACUCACAGGCGUCAUCAGAGGCCUCUUGGAGAACACCCAGUUCCAUGACGCAGUGAGAAGAAGCCUGGAUGAGCCCAUUCCAUAUUUCUCCCAGUUCCGGUAUGCAGAAUCAGCAGAGCUCCAGGACAGAAGACAGUGCUCCACGGUUCCCUCCAGGGUCUCUGCUUCACCAGAUCUUUACCUUGAGAAGGAUGGAGAGAGGAAAGAAAUGAGGCAGGAAACCUCUCCCAACAAUGAUUUGCUGGAGUCUUGGGAGAUUUUUCACCACAAGCAGUUGAGGGAGCAGAAGGAGAUGAUGAGCAGGCAGCCAGCCUUUGGGAGCCUGGUGGAGUUGGUGCUGGAAAACACACUGCGGAACAUCCUGAUCGAAGCCAGCCAUGGGGAGGUGGUGCUGACAGCCCGGCCCAGGGUCAUUGCUCUGCCCCCUAGCCCUUCCCGAAGAAUCACCAAUCCAGCACCCCCACCCUCAAGAGCAUAGCUGCUGGGCACUGUGCUGCUUGAGCUCUUCAAGCACAUCAACUGUCUCCACUCUUCAUCCCAUCCCUGUGAUGUCUAGAGCAACUCUGAUCCUCCCACACCAUGACCUGAGCUCAGCAUGCUGGCUGCCUCUGAGGAGGUAUGUCCUGAUUAUGUCCUCAGCUUCAGUUUGAAUCCUCUGGCAACUCCACAGCAGAGUUCAUGAGAUCUCUCCUCUCUGUGGCUGGCCACAUCAUCGGAGAAGAACCUCCCUGCGCUAGAGGGAGCACAUGGACAACCUCUGUGACUGUUCCCACUGCCCCCAGUCUGUACCAGCUGGGAGAGGAGUGGAAUCUGCUUUGAAAUGUAGCUGAGGAAGGACUGACAGCUGGGCAUUGAGGUGCUGAGUCCCUGCCAACAUCACUAGGACGCAGGUACUGAAUCCUCCUCCCCUCCUUGCUCCAGUGGCUGCUGCAGGUCUGCCAUACAGCGACCCAGCCGGAGUGAGCAGCUGCAGCACCAUCUAGCACACUCAGCAGCCCAAUAAAAGCAGCUUGGCCUCUGGGCACACAGACACCGGCAUGUAACGUAUGUAAUCCAUGCAUCUGGGUUUGCGAGCACCCUGGAGGAGCUCUCCCCUUUUCAAACUGCGAGGCUGUCGCCUGGGGAAGGGGACGCCUUUGAGCCUUGGCCUGGCAGAGGGGUCCGGCAGGCU